CUGCCAAAAUGAAGACAAAAUGCUAUGCAGACAAACAUGGUAUCACUAGUUAUACAUCAUUAUCAUACAUAACUCAUCGCCAAAAGCACAAGACAUACUGUUGCAUUCCAAUCAAGCAGGAGAGACCAGCCUCCCCUGUUCCCAGCUGUGUGUCCAUGAAGAGUGACUGGUCUAUGGAACCUCCUCUAACCUUUAGAGAGGGAGACUUUUCUACUGAACAAAGAAACCAACAGGAGAGAUCAGAGUCAGAGAUUCUCAGUGGUCAGUCUUCCCAGAGUCAUCAAACAGACCUGGCCUCCAUUUUCAGUAUGCUUGAAGAGAAAAUUAUGACAUUUGUGAAGAACGAGCUGAAGAUGUUCAAGAGGAUUCUUGGUCCAGAACUCCCAGAAGGCUUUGAGAGUCAGAAGCAGGAAGUGGUGGACGCUGAAGAUGAGAAGCAGGAGAGCAGUGCCAGAGAGGGGGCUCUGAAGAUCACACUGCACAUCCUGAGGAAAAUGAACCAGAAGGAGCUUGCUGACACACUGGAGAAAUAUGAGCUUGCUGUGAUUUGCCAACGUGAACUCAAAUCUAAUCUAAAGCAGAAGUUUCAAUGUAUAUUUGAGGGGAUCGCUAAACAAGGAAACCCAACACUUCUCAAUAAGAUCUACACAGAGCUCUACAUCACAGAGGGUGGAACAGGAGAGGUCAAUAAUGAACAUGAGCUGAGACAGAUUGAGACAACAACCAGGAAACAAGCAAGACCAGAGACUCCAAUCAAAUGUAACGACAUCUUCAAACCCUUAACUGGACAAGACAAACCUAUCAGAACUGUGCUGACAAAGGGAGUCGCUGGCAUUGGAAAAACAGUCUCUGUGCAGAAGUUCAUUCUGGACUGGGCUGAAGGAAAAGCAAAUCAGGAUGUCCAAUUCGUAUUUUCAUUCCCUUUCCGGGAGCUGAAUUUGAUGAAAGAGGACAAACACACUUUCAUUGAACUUCUUAAUCACUUCUCAAUGGAAACCAAAGAAUCAAGAAUCUCCAUCUACAACAAGUACAAAGUUCUGUUCAUCUUUGAUGGUCUGGAUGAGUGCCGACUGCCCCUAGACUUCCAGAAGAACAAGAUCUGUUGGGACGUCACAGAGUCAACCUCAGUGGAUGUUCUGCUGACAAAUCUCAUCAAGGGAAAUCUGCUUCCCUCUGCUCUCCUCUGGAUAACUACCCGACCUGCAGCAGCCAAUAAGAUCCCUUCAGGGUGUGUUGACCAGGUGACAGAGGUACGAGGGUUCAAUGACCCACAGAAGGAGGAGUACUUCAGGAAGAGAUUCAGUGAUGAGGACCUGGCCAGCAGAAUCAUCUCACACAUAAAGACAUCAAGGAGCCUCCACAUCAUGUGCCACAUUCCAGUCUUCUGUUGGAUUUCUGCAACAGUCCUUGAACACAUGCUGAAACACAAGAGAGAAGAGAUGCCCAAGACUCUGACUGAGAUGUACACACACCUUGUGGUGUGUCAUACCAAACAGAAGAAUGAAAAGUAUCUUGGGAAAGAAGAGACAGGUCCACACUGGAAUAAAGAGAGCAUUCUGUCACUGGGUAAACUGGCUUUUCAACAGCUUGUGAAUGGCAAUCUGAUUUUCUAUGAAAAAGACCUGAAAGAGGCUGGCAUUGAUGUUAAUGAAGCCUCAGUGUACUCAGGAUUGUGCACACAGCUCUUUAAAGAGGAAUGUGGGCUGUACCAGGACAAGGUGUACUGCUUUGUUCAUCUGAGCAUUCAGGAGUUUCUGGCUGCUGUAUAUGUGUUCCUCUCAUUCAUCAACAACAAUGAGAAUCUAAUGGCCAAAGCACAGUCAAUGUUCAGGAACUUUUUCUUGAGGAUCAAACAAAGGCGUAAAGUUACUUCCUACAAGCCUGAAGUUACUUUCUACAAGAGUGCUGUGGAUAAAGCCUUACAAAGUGAGACAGGAAACCUGGACCUUUUCCUCCGCUUCCUUCUGGGCCUCUCACUGGAGUCCAAUCAGAAGCACUUACGAGGUCUACUGACAAAGACAAGAAGCAGCUCACAGAGCCAUGAAGAAACAGUCAACUACAUCAAGAAGAAGAUCAGGGAGAAUCCCUCUCCAGAGAGGAGCAUCAAUCUGUUCCACUGUCUGAAUGAACUGAAUGACCAUUCUCUAGUGGAGGAGAUCCAAAGCUACCUGAGAUCAGGAAGUCUCUCAAAACCCAACCUGUCACCUGCACAGUGGUCAGCUCUGGUCUUUGUGUUGCUGACUUCAGAAAAGGAGCUGGAUGUGUUUGACCUGAAGAAAUACUCCAGAUCAGAGGAAGGUCUUCUGAGGCUGCUGCCAGUGGUCAAAGCCUCCAGAGCUGUUCUGCUGUCAGGCUGUGGAGUCACAGAGGAAGGCUGUGCUUCUCUGGUCUCAGCUCUGGAGUCAAACCCCUCACACCUGAGAGAGCUGGAUCUGAGUAACAAUGACCUGAAGGAUUCAGGAGUGGAUCUGCUCUCUGCUGGACUGGGGAAUCCCCACUGUAAACUGGAGACUCUGAGGCUGUCAGGCUGUCUAGUCACAGAGGAAGGCUGUGCUUCUCUGGUCUCAGCUCUGAAGUCAAACCCCUCACACCUGAGAGAGCUGGACCUGAGCUACAAUCACCCAGGAGACUCAGGAGUCAGACUGCUCUCUGCUGGACUGGAGGAUCCACACUGCAGACUGGAGAAACUCAAUGUGGAACAUGGUGGAGAGAACAGAAUGAAACCUGGGCUUAGAAAAUAUGUCUGUGAUCUCACACUGGACCUAAACACAGUAAACAGACUCCUCUCUCUGUCUGAGGGGAACAGAAAGGUGACAUGGAGGAGAGAGGAGCAGCCGUAUCCUGAUCACCCAGAGAGAUUUGAGGACUGGGAACAGGUGCUGUGUAGAGAGGGUCUGACUGGGCGCUGUUACUGGGAGGUAGAGUGGACUGGGAGAGGGGCUGAUAUAGGAGUUACAUAUAAAGGAAUCAGCAGGAGAGGAGAGGUUAAUGACUGUUGUCUUGGAUACAAUGACAAGUCCUGGAGUCUGGACACUGACCCACCUGAUCACAUUCACCUCCACAUUCACUGAGCCCCUCUAUCCAGGGUUUAGGGUUUAUGAUGUUGACUCCUCACUGUCCCUGGAAUUCUAACCUGAGACACACACACACUGGACACACACACACUGGACACACACACACCGGACACACACACACUAAACACACACACACACUGGACACACACACAACCGGACACACACACACACUAAACA